AUGGCUCCAAACGCAUCAGCACUUCUUAUCACAGAAUGGACUCUCAUCUCACUAUCGACGGUAGUCAUCGCCGCACGUAUCUGGCUCCGACUCGGCCUUCAGAAACAACGAUUGCUGGGAAGUGAUGUCUGGAUGACGAUGGCCUGGGCGAUGGGGAUCGUUAUUGCGUCGUUCUGUAUCACAUAUGUUCACCUGGGCGUUAUGGAGGAUGGGAUACAACCGAGCCUCAGCAACUUCGAUGCCAAAGAUGAGAGAAAGAAGUUGAUUCUCAAGCUCCACUGGAUCAGCACUCUGCCGUUAAUAAUGUCAUUUUAUCUAUGCAAGGCGGCACUGCUUUCUGUUUAUCACCAGGUCAUUCCCAGAUUCAUGACCAAGCGACGAACCUUCCUGUGGGUCACUGUGGGUUACGUUGUUGUAUCGUUCAUUACUACUGUCGUUCUUUUGUUCACCAUCUGCACCCCAGUCAACCGGUGGUGGAGUCUGGAAUCUGGCAGACGAUGCGAGAUCAACCAUGUUCGGGCCUUCUACACAACCACAUGGGCUCUUAACUUCACCAGUGACAUAUUCAUCUUCGUUCUUCCCUGGUUAAUUGUCCCUGAUCUUAUGAUCAAGGGAUGGCUCCGAAUCGGUAUCUACUUUACGUUCCUUCUUGGCCUGAUCAAUAUGGCCAUCACCAUCGUUCGCUACACGCAGGUGUACGCUGUUAAGGACGCCUCGUUAGUCACGACACACUUCUGGGCCUCGCUGGAUCUGUACAUUGGUCUCGUCAUCUCCUGUCUGCCAGCCCUUCGACCCUACUUUAAGUACGCAGCCGAGUCGCGCGCUUUUAACUACAUGAAGAGCAAGACUGGCACGCGUGGGGGUAGCCAAUACACUGGCACUGCCAGCACUGCAUCUACAAAUGUUAAGAUGUCGAAUCAGGGUAAAGGGUCAUUUGGCUCAUCGACAGAACGUCUGUCACAAUUGUCUUUGGUUCAUAUAAGAACUGAGGACGAACGGUCUGUCUAG